AAAAAGAAACAAAAUUUGUGGAAGUUAAACUGGUAGGGAGAGUUUACUUUUCUUUUACAGGUCAUGAGGCCAGUUAAUGAUUAGUGAGACCCAAGUGGAUGUUUGGUAUUCGAAACUGUGAGAGGCUGGGUUAUGGGAUCUCUUUGGCAUUAGUGGUCGGCUUCACCCCAGCUCUGAGUCUUCCAGCUCAGCAAUGCCCUCAGGCCUCUGCGAAAGAUGCUUCUGGUCAUGGGGACUCCUUCUGUGGUUCAGUGUUGGAACUACAGGAGAUGCACCUCCUACCCCACAGAAAAAGUGCACUGACUUCCAGAAUGCUAAUCUCCUCCGAGGCACCAGUCUCAAAGUCCAAUUUCUCCUCUUCACCCCUUUGGAUCCUGGCUGUGGGCAGCUAGUGGAAGAAAGUAGUGACAUCCAGAAUUCUGGGUUCAAUGCCACUCUAGGAACCAAGCUAGUUAUCCAUGGAUUCAGGGCUUUAGGAACAAAGCCUUCCUGGAUUGAUGAAUUCAUUGGUGCCCUUCUGCGGGCAGCAGAUGCUAAUGUGAUCGCCGUGGACUGGGUUUAUGGCUCUACAGGUGUCUACUUUUCAGCCGUGGAAAAUGUGGUUAAGCUGGGUCUCGAGAUAUCCCGUUUCCUCAGUAAACUCCUGGUGCUGGGUGUGUCAGAGUCCUCAAUCCACAUCAUUGGUGUCAGCCUGGGGGCCCAUGUUGGGGGCAUGGUAGGACACUUCUACAAAGGCCAGCUGGGACGGAUCACAGGCUUGGACCCUGCUGGACCGGAGUAUACCAGAGCCAGCCUGGAGGAGCGCCUGGACUCUGGAGAUGCCCUCUUCGUGGAAGCCAUCCACACAGACACGGACAAUUUGGGAAUUCGGAUUCCUGUUGGACAUGUGGACUACUUCGUCAAUGGAGGCCAAGACCAACCUGGCUGUCCCACCUUCAUUCAUGCAGGCUACAGUUAUCUGAUCUGUGAUCACAUGAGGGCUGUACACCUCUACGUCAGUGCCCUGGAGAAUUCCUGUCCUUUGAUGGCCUUUCCUUGUACCAGCUACAAGGCCUUCCUUGCUGGACACUGUCUGGAUUGUUUCAAUCCUUUUCUGCUUUCCUGUCCAAGGAUUGGGCUGGUGGAACAAGGUGGUGUCCAGAUAGAGCCACUUCCCAAGGAAGUGCCUGUCUACCUCAUGACCACUUCCAAGGCUCCAUACUGUGUGCAUCACAGCCUCGUGGAGUUUUACUUGCAGGAGCCAAGAAACAAGGACACCUGCAUCACGGUCACCUUCCUUAGCAGCAAUGUCACCUCCUCAGUCAAGAUCACCAUACCUAGGCAGCAACACCAGGGGAAAGGAAUCAUAGCUCACCCCAGUCCUCAGUGCCAGAUAAACCAAGUCAAACUCAAGCUUCAGGCUUCCCACCGGGUUUGGAAAAAAGACCGGACUACUAUUAUCGGAAAGUUCUGCACUGCUCCUUUGCCUGUCAAUGACAAUAAAAAGACGGUCUGCUUACCUGAGCCAGUGAACUUACAAGCAAGUGAGACUGUUUCUCAUGACCUGAAAAUAACCUGUAUAUAGUAUAAAAGCAGGAUACAAUUCUCUGGAUUGGGGUGGGGCUGGUGGGGGUGGGGCUGGUGAGGGUUCAACUUAUUCUAAGCCAUUACUACUAAGAAAGAAUGCAAAAAUCUUGGUUAUUUCCCGCAUAACUAGCCACCUUAGAGAGUACAGAUAGCUCAUUUUAUAGGGCUUUAUCUCCAUUGUCAAAGAGCCUUACAAAGAUGCCAUUUCAGCUUUCCUAUUCAUACUUAACUGCAGUUGUCCCAUAUCCUUGGGCCUCUAUACCUAGGAGUCGAUAGAAAUGUAUAUGGGGAAAAGGCUUUUUUUUUUUUUUUCCAAAUAAAACUCCAUGGAGUAUCUGAA